UCGUCGUCGUCGUCGUCGUCGUCGUCGUCGUCGUCGUCGUCGUCGUCGUCGUCGUCGUCGUCGAUGUAACGUCAGUAACUCCCCUCUCAAACGACCUCGGAAAUUCGAGGAGGAAAAGUGUGCUCCUAUAUAUAAGGACGCUCGAACAAUCCUGCCACGUUGGUAUAUCGUUGGCGUUCGUUACGAAUAGUACGAGGCUAAAUUAUUACUCUGGUUCAUUGUUUACGUUACAAAAUUUUAUAAUAUUUUAAUUUUCGUCGAGAGAUAAACGCCAUUCUUUCAAGUUGUUUCAUUUAGUUUUCAAUCCUCUCUCUUCCUCCCUUCCUCCUUCCCACUCUCGUUCUUCGAGAACGAAGAGCUUUCCGAAAGUGUGAGAAAAAGAACAACUAAAAGUGAUAAAAAUGUGGUGCCACAAAAGUAUCAUGAUCCUUGCGAGCUUAGCGGCUGUGAUGAUGACCAGCAACGCUGCUGUUGGCCAAUCUAGACUCGUCUUUACCCUUUGUAUACCGGAAAUAUAUUGGAAGGAAUGCGUGCAGAUGAUGGAAGAUUCGGCGAGCAAAGGAAUCCCUAUUUCUUGCAUUUCCGGUCGCGAUCGAUACGAAUGCGUAGAGAAGGUUGGUAGAAAAGAGGCCGACGUAGUCGCUGUCGAUCCGGAAGACAUGUAUUUAGCUGCUAAGGACAACGAGUUAGCUUUGAAGGCCGGAUACAACGUCGUAGAACAGGUAAGAACAAAGGAAGAACCGGAUGCGGCCUAUCGUUACGAAGCAGUUGCUGUGAUACACAAGGAUUUGAACAUAAACGACGUUCAAGGACUGCGCGGUUUAAAAUCUUGUCACACUGGUGUUGGACGUAACGUCGGUUACAAAAUACCUCUCACGAAAUUGACGGCUUUGGGUGUACUCGGUAACAUAAACGAUCCAGAAUAUUCUGCCCGCGAGAAUGAACUUCGGGCAUUGAGCUCGCUCUUCAGCGAGGGUUGCCUAGUUGGUACUUGGUCACCUGAUCCAGCAAUAAAUCAAAGACUCAAGGAAACGUACAGUAACAUGUGCGCGCUUUGCGAAAAACCAGAAAUUUGCGAUUAUCCAGAUAUAUAUUCGGGUUACGAAGGUGCUCUGCGUUGUCUCGCUCACAACGGCGGGAAUAUUGCCUGGACGAAAGUUAUUUACGUUAAACGAUUUUUCGGAUUGCCUAUCGGCGUUACACCAGCGGUCCCAACGAACGAAGAUCCAAGCAAUUACCUUUACUUCUGUCCUGAUGGCACAAAGGUACCCAUCAAUGCCGAUACCAAGCCCUGUACUUGGGCUGCUCGACCAUGGCAAGGAUAUAUGGCUAACGGUGGUGUUAACAACAUAGAAGCCGUUCAAAAGGAAUUAACCGAAUUAGGACAAUUGGGUGAAAAGGAAAAGGCUGCUUGGUGGAAAGAUUUGUUGCUGCUCGAUGAAAAAACUCUGGCCGUUGCUUCGUCGCCGAUUGCUCCUGAACAACAUUUGAAGAAUGCCAAAUACUUGGACGUCAUCGAAAGGAACUCGGGUGCACCAGAAAGGAAUGCCCGCUGGUGUGUAUGGACUCAGAAUGAUCUGAACAAGUGCCGUGCCUUAAGUAGAGCAGCUCACUCAAGAGAUGCUAGACCCAGACUGAUUUGCUUGUUGGAGAAGACUCAGGACGCCUGUUUGGUAGCGGUCAGAGAUGAUGGGGCUGAUUUAGUAGUCGUUGAUGGUGGAUCGGUACUACGUGCAAUAACGGAAUUCAAUGCGCAACCGAUUAUUUCAGAAAUUUAUGGAAGCGGCUCGACGAAAUAUAGCGAAAGACCGGCAGUUGUUGUUGUUAAAAAAGGCAGCCCUAUCAAAGCACUUGCCGAUUUGAGAGGCAAACGAUCUUGCCACAGUGGUUACCAAGACGACUUUGCUGGAUGGUUGGCACCGGUUCACACUCUUAAGAAAGCAAAUUUGAUUACCUCGGAAGAUGAUCUAACAGAAUUCUUUGAUGGCUCCUGCGCACCUGGCGCACAGCCAGGAUCGAAAUUGUGUCAGCAGUGUGUUGGUAACAUUGCAUCCAAUGACGACAAAGUAACCGAGGCAACUAAGUGUAAACCGACCGAGGCGGAAGCCUUUAAAGGAGGUCAAGGUGCUAUCAAAUGUCUGACUUCGGACAAGGGUGAUGUGGCCUUCUUGCCUCUACCUGCUCUCAUGGAAAUUGAUAAGAAGAACGAGACUGAAGGUGGCGUGAAGACAUCCGACUUUAUGUUGGUCUGUCCUGACGGUGGUUUAGCACCGGUUAAGGAAUGGUCGAGAUGCAAUCUGGGAUUAGAACCACCGCGCAUCAUUUUAAGCUCUGCUGGAAAAACGGUACAUGCUUUGGACGAAUUGAAACAUGGUGUUUUGGCAGCCAGUACGAUAUACUCUAAGAAACCAGAUCUCUUACGACUAUUCGGUAGCUGGGGUGGUCAUCCCAACGUAUUGUUCAAGGACGACGCAACAAAUCUUAUUUCAGUCGACAAUUCAUGGACCCAAUGGAACACGUGGGCUACGACAAAAGCGGAUUAUAAAAUCAAGGCUUAAGGAUCCCGUAAAUAAAGAGAUCGUAAAUAAUCGAUGAAAGGCAUUAUAUACCUACAUAUUUAGACACGGAAUGUGGCGGGAGUUAAAAAGGUGAUACAAACGAAACUGACAACCAAUCGAAUAUAUUAUAUUUCUUUAACGUACUUGUAUAACAUUCAAGUGAUAAUGUGUGGGUGUAUAUAUGAACGAGCAUCUAUGCGAUUCGAUUUGAAACAUUAAUGAAUAUAAUCAGAGCUAAAUAAAGUGCAAUAUAAUCGAAA